AUGGUAGGAACCCGGCGGUCGGCGCAGAAAGCGUCUCAGAAAAGUGAAGCACCAGCGGCCGUCAUAGAGCUUUCAUCCGAUUCGGAGCCUGAGGCGCCAGAGGUAGAGGUGGAGGACACAGUGAAGGAUGAGGUACCGGAACCGGCCGUCGAUAUCUCAGACGUCGCUGAGCAACCACUACUGAGGGCAGCCGGCAUCAAAUAUAAGAUCGACAAGCCUGAGGAGGACGAGCUGCCACACGACCAGGAUCAGAACUCGCCCUCAUCUAAGUUGGCGGUGCGGGUUAGAGAUACACCAUCCGCUAAGCACAGACAUGUCAGCAUAGAGAUUCCACUACCCACCUCAUCAGCGCUGCGGCGGAGGAAGGCCGUGGCCGAGGACACAGCAGGGAAGGAGGGGAAUGAAGAGGUUCUCAACACACCAAGCGUGGGGAAACGCAUCACUUUCGAUGACAGUGAUCACGAUGAGUUCGUCACACCGAGAGAAGCCCCUUCAAGGGACCCUAUGGAGAGCAGCAUUCCCAGGCCAGCGUCCAAGCCGGAGGCUGCGGACGCACCUGGGCAAGACGAUGACGAGGAUGAGGCCGAGGACAGCGAUGACGAUGCACCGCCGGAGGCCAUUUCCACACACGCCGCUCAAGAAGAGACUUUGAAAGCCGCAGAAGCUGCUGCGAAAGCGGCUGAGCAACAAGCCGCCGCAUUAAAGCGGAAACGACAGGAGCGUGCUGCAUUCUUCAAUCAACAAGCUGAGGAGCGGAAACGGGCCGAGCAACAGGCUAGGCAAAGGAGGGGCUCUGACGAUGCCUCGCCUAGCGCUGAGGACGCCACGCCAGAGACCGAGAAGAGGAAAGAAGCACCUAAGCUCCUCCCUCUUGAACUGCUUGAGUCGGACGAUGAGGACGACGUCUCUCAGGAACUCGGCUCCACUGGCCAUCUGAAGCACAAGCGAAGGAAACUGGGAGCCGUGGAGCAGACCUUGCUCCGUGACCCCAAGCUUCCAAAGGAUAAAAGAGUAGGAUCGACCGCGUACCGGGUCGUGAAAGGCACCGGCGACUCGAGGUUAGCGCCCAAGGUGAAGAAGCAGGCGGUCAACCUAAGGGAGACGCUCCUAAGGAGAGACCGGGUAGCAAAGCCAAGAGGUGGCUUUUUCGCCGUGAAACGCUAG